GAAGUAGGAACAUAGUUACAUAGACUUGUUAAAUCUCCAUUUGAUCACUAGCUAAGGUUCAAUCAAAAUGUAUAAUGGUGCACAAAUUUCGGACAUUAAUGGUCCACCAACUGGAAAAUGGACAACAGGUUUAUUUGGUUGCUGUGAAGAGCCUGGAAAUUGUUGUUUUACUUUUUGCUGUCCACGUUUCACCUUUGGUCGGAAUGUUGAGAUCAUAGACCAAGGAAGAACAUCUGCUACACAAGCUCGGUUGAUAUUUUGUUUGCUAGGAUGUGCUGGGCUUCAAAGUGUAUAUUCAUACAGAUUUAGAAGUGGAUUAAGAACUCUCUUCAAUUUACCAGAGGAACCAUGCAUUGAUUUUUGUGUUCACUAUUGUUGUACUAUUUGUGCUAUUUGCCAAGAGUAUAGAGAACUUAAAAAUCGUGGACUCGACCCCUCAAAAGGUUGGAAAGCAAAUGAGGGGAAAAUGAAAACCAUCCAAGUGCCUCCUCAAGUUGCAAUGGGAAUGACUCGCUAGAAUUGCUUAUUUUCUAUUAUGAUUGAUUCAUUAUGUUGUUGUUUUUCAAGAUCUUAUUACAAAGAGUGCUUAAUUUGUUGUUUCCUUUUGUUAUGUUCUAUUUGUUGUAAUUGAGAGCUACUAGAUAUGUUCUCUAUUUCAUGUGUUUUUUUAGUUUAUUUCAUUAUGUAUUACUUAUUUUUUCUUUUUUGUUUUGUUUUGUUUUGUUUGUAUUAUCACUUGAAUUUCUUGAAUCUACCAUUCAAACCUUGUCAUUUGAGUAAUGUCAUAAUGUGUUGU